GUCUAAACAUGGAGGUACAGUUGAGCUGCACACUGCUGGUUCCCAGGCCUACUCUAUACCCCUAGGCCACACAGCAUCUAGCCCUUAAAAAGCUCGACACUACCGUCAGAUUAUCCACUGCUUCGCCGUUACAAGCAACGGUUAUGAACUGCAGCGACUUUGUUUCGAUGGAAAGCCUGGGCGAUUACGGAGCGUCGGACCAUGUACCUGUAUCGUCGAGCGACCUACUCUCAGACAUACCUAAACACUCACGCACCUCUCUGGCUAACCUCGGCAACAUGAUGGAACCGAACGAUUUUCGGACUUCUGAUUACAGUGUUAGUUCGCUGAAUGGACUGCAGACGAAUACAAGCUCUAGUUAUACAACGUUAACACCUUUGCAGCCCCUUCCGCCGAUUUCAUCCGUGACUUCGGACAAGUUUCGGCACCAUCACCACCACGAUACUGGCAAUGUUAGCGGCAGUUUUACUUUGAUGAACUCGCACACAAACCACAUGAUGAACAAUCCAUACGAAAAGCUUACGAGUAUGAACAUGGGUCCCGUCGGUAGUGGAAUGGGGCCCAAUACAAUGUUAAACGGCUAUGGCCAUCAUCAUCCUCAAAGCAUGGCCGGCUACGGACCGCACAGUCCAGGCAAUUCUUACGCACGCAGUAUGAACAUGAACAUAAACCCGAUGAACGGGUAUGAACCACAAUAUCCAUCGCACCACACAGAUCAUAUGAGAGGUUUACAACAACAGAGAACAAGUCUAGCCAAUCCGAUGGUUAUUAACGGCAUGCACACAACACCGCAUCCCACACCGACACCGCCGUCGAGUAGAAAUUCGAACAUUUCUUCCCGGGACUCGGGCAAUGGAGAAGAGAUCAACACGAAAGAAGUCGCACAGCGAGUGACCAGCGAACUGAAACGUUACAGCAUACCACAGGCAGUGUUCGCACAACGAGUACUUUGUCGAAGCCAGGGAACUCUUAGCGACUUGCUACGUAAUCCCAAGCCAUGGAGCAAAUUGAAGAGUGGUCGGGAGACCUUCCGAAGAAUGUGGAAGUGGUUACAGGAGCCCGAGUUUCAAAGAAUGUCUGCGCCAGCCUGCAAGAAAAAAGAAGAAGAAACAAAAAACCCAGUGCAGCAAAACAUGCCAAAGAAACCACGACUUGUUUUUACCGACAUACAACGCCGUACGCUUCAUGCCAUUUUCAAAGAAACGAAGAGACCGUCCAAAGAGAUGCAGAUUACCAUAGCACAGCAGCUUGGCUUAGAACUCAGUACAGUCAGUAACUUCUUCAUGAACGCGCGACGAAGAUCGCUCGACAAAUGGCAAGAUGACCCAAGUAACAACAACAACAACAACAACAAAGUUUGACACAUUUAAAAUCUUAUAUUUUGUUAAAAAACAAAACAAAACAAAACAGUGUUUGGGGCAAAAAAAAAUAAACAAAGAUUCAAGUCCAUUGUUUAAGUUCAAAGAAUCCAACAAUUCUGGAUGCAAGAAUUUGUGUGCAUUUAUGAAAAAAUAUUUAUAAAGUUUCUGGAACUGCUAAAGAAUGUAAAAAUUUAUAAAAAUAUGUCAAAAGUAUUCUUGACGGAAACGAUUAGAUAGUGUGCCUAAUUGGUGUGGAUACUACCUCAUUGUAAAAAAACAAAACAAAGGAACAUUUUUAAUAUAAAAAAAGCAUUAUAUAAUAACAGAACGUUUGUGAAUAUUGUUAACUGUGACUCAAUUUGGCAAAGAUCCUUUUAUUUCUGAUAUUUCCAUGUAGUUUGCAAUUGUAAUAUCAUUCCAGGAAACUUCCAAGAUGUUCUGUCAAACGUUUGAAAUCUUUUUACAAGAGCACUAAUUUUCAAGCCACUCUCACAUGAUACAAAUUUGAUUUUAUGUCUGUUACCACGCAAAUAGACCAUUUUCCGUUCACUGCGAGAAUCGCGCGUUAUGCAUGAAAUCGAACGUAAAAACAGGACAAACAAAGGUCAUUGCGUCGUAGUGGCGUCAAACAUCGCGUAGGAUUCAACAAACGCGAAAGUAUUUUGGGGGACAUUACCAUGCUUAAUAAUGUGCUGUCCACAUUUGAUGAUAGACAAUUUUGAUUAAGUAAGGGUAUUCGGAAGCAAUAUUUCUGUCGGAGAUUGACCGGUCGAUGUGAGCUAUGAAAUAAAGAAAUUCGAGUUCAAAAUCAAAUCGAUUUUUGCGGCAGACGUUCGACACGCGUCUUUCAUGAAUCUCGCGAGAUCUCGCAAAUUUGCAGAAAAUCACCUAUUGUCAACUGCUAGGUUAUUGCUGUAUCUAUCUGGUUAUUAAUCCAUGCUCGUAUUUUAGACAGCGAUAGAGUCAUCACAUCAUGCUCCCCUCCCCCGCCUUGUUCUGCCUUCUCUUUGGUGACAAUUCAAUUAUGUUAAUUGAUAUUACUGCCAGACAUGGAAUUUCACAAAGUGUGAUUAUUUUUUGCAUAAUUCUAUUAAGAGCUCAUGAUCAAAAACUGAGUUGUCAGUUUUAAUAUUAACUGAAUUAUAAAGUUUAUUCCUGUGAAAUGUUACAUUAUGAUAAUGUACCUAACCCUUAAAAACAACAUUUUUCCUGCCAAAAAAUUUGGUGCAAGAUUUUGCAUAUUUUUAUGUAUUUUUUUAAAAAUUAUUUAUUAAUUUUGGUCCAGAUGGAUAUGAUUUCUUAUUGGCUAUUGGUCUUGAUCAAAAAAUUUGAAAAAUCUGCCAAAAAAUUAUGCAUGUUUAUUCUAUAAAAGGUAACAGAAGUUAAUUUUGGCAUACAAAGGGUUGAAGGUCGAAGGUCAAAUGGUUUUAAGGUACACCUACUCUACACAAUGCCCCACCUCCAUCUUAUCCAAAACAAAAACGAAUUACUGGAACUUUGCCAAUUAUGUAACAGUUUUCAAGUUAUUUAUGCAGUAAUUGUGAGAAUGCUGAAAAAGAAUAGUGAACAAUUCAAAUUUAAUAUAUUAAUUAUAUUAUUUUGGUUUUAUAUAAAAAUGUUGUUGUUGAUUUUUUUGGCAGUUUCUUUUUGUGUUAAAACAUUGUUUUUAUUGUAAUUUAUAAUAUGUAUUUUGAAAAGUUAUAUUCACCAUUGACUUCCUACAAUUACGUUUUCCCCAGACUACUGUACAUUGUUUUUAAUGUAAAUGCCAUAAAUUUAUUCACCAAAUAAAAAGAAACUGUCAAAAAAAUAUGCAAACACAAAACAUAAUCUUGGAAAAUUGUCCAGAUUUUUAAAAGAGUACUUGAAUAUUUGAACUUCCUUAUUUUUUUGGAAAGUAUAUUUAAAAAACAUUGUCUGUUUUAAUUUGUUGCUUGAAAAUUUGCCAAUUGAGUUGUAUUGGGCUAUAAUUAUAUUAUUUAUAAAACUGAGUUUGUUUCAUGUCAUUUCAUAUAUGGAAAUCCACUUACCAUAUAUGUAUGAAUCUAAUUACAAUAUAUUUAUAAAAUUGAGUUUGCUUCACGUCAUUCCAUAUAUGGAAAUCUACUUUCCAUAUAUGUAUGAAUCUAUUAAAUUACAAUAUAUUAUUUAUAAAAUUGAGUUUGCUUCACGUCAUUCCAUAUAUGGAAAUCCACUUACCAUAUAUGUAUGGAUCUAAUUACAAUAUAUUAUCUUUAUUUGUUGUAUUAUAAUUCCUAUGGUCUAUUAUCAUUCCACUUUUCCCAUAUUUGGAUUUGUUAAUUCCAUAUAUGGUGUUCUGUUUUGUUUUAUCAGGUGAAUUUCAUAUAGUGUUGUGUAUAUUUGUUGAAACAUUCAGCUUUAAGUCAUUUGUGAUACUUAAAAAAAAAAUAAUCGGAUACAUUAUUUAAAAAAAACCACACAUUUCUUAGCAGGGUGUUUUGCUUCCUUUCCAUAAUUAACUUGAGGUCGGAUAUCCAAAACAAAUUAGCAUAUCUUAAAUAUUGUCUAUACACUUUGUAUUACAUUUCCUUAUUUAAAACUUGCUGCUCUUGUGUCGUUACUUACUAUAGAUUCUUGACCAAACAUUGUCAGACGCUUUGGUGUUGACGUCAAUACAUUAUACUUACAACAAUUGUAGAACUCAACAACUUUUAACUCAUUAAUGUAAUUAGAUGUUUUCAUAUGCAAAUUUUUACUAUUCUUAAAAAUUACUUUCUAUAAAAAAAACAAAAAAAAAUAUGUUGCAUCUUUCAUAAUGUUAGUCAAACCCAGUGGUCAAUUUCAUUUGCUUUAUCUUUUGUAAGUAUGCCUAUACAUGGAUAAAUAUCUCUAUCAUUCCUUUUUCCCUAAGCUCGGUUCUCAUUUAUCAGUUUUUCGUUAUGACCCUCUCGAGGCUGGCAAUAAAAUAAUUUAUUUAAAGAUUUUAUUGAUUCAUAUGAGAUUUAACCUUUCUCUGUAUUACUGUAAAAAAAAAAUGUAGUUGUGGUUAGGACAUUUCAGAACCAAGUUGAAAUGCUUUGUUUUGUUUACAUACAGCGUAAAAAUGCAGUACAUAUGAAUAACAGAGAUUUUAAGGCAUCUCACUAGCUCAUCAAUUUCAUUUUAAGAUUAUACAUAUCGAAAACCAAUAUGGACCUAUCAUUGUUUCAAGGAUGUUGUAAAUUUUGAUAUAAGUGUUAGGAUUCCAAAAAUGUGGUAUUGUGCAAUACAUUUCACCAUUCCGUUCCAGAAUAUUCUAGAUAGUUUUCUUGUAUUAUUUUUGCUUGUUCGGGAAAUGUUUUAAAUUUGGAUUCAUGCUUUUUUUUUUAGGUCUUCUUUGUAAAGCAGUUGACACUCAGUUUGGAACUGAGCAAUUAGCAUGUAAAUAUGCAAAUUAGUCUGACAAAGCACUCCAUUGAUUGGCCAAUUAAAAUUAAUAUUCAAAUGAACUGCCAUAUUUGGAGUCUAAACAGUGAUAAUUCACCUCCUUAUAUGAUUGUGGUGAGAGACUAUUUUUUAAAACGUGUUUUUACAUUGCAAUAAUUUUUAAAAAUCUUACCCUAGAGAGACAGUAUAGAUGUUUUUCUCUCUAUUAUUCUAAAGAAUUUUUUUUUAAACCAAAGUUUGCAGUGCAAUACUAACUGGACACCAGGGGGUGUCACUCUUGGCCCACUUACUUGCCUAUAUGUUGACAGUUUGCAAUAUUUAACCAGAGUAGCUCCCCCUGGUAUUUUUUUUUUGCCAUCUUAUGUGUGAGUUUGUCACGUUUCAGGUUUCAUUUUUUUUUUAACAGUAAAUUGUAUUUCUUGUUGCUGUAAAGUUUGCUGCCAUUUGUAGAUUAGUUGUGUGUGUUACAUAAGAGCUUUUGUUAAAGAUUCUAUUUGCAGUUUAUUUUAUUUGUCUUUUAUUUUAUGGCAUCGCCAAGAGACCUGUAUAUGAUGCCGGAGAAAAAUAUUGAAGAUAUAACCAUUUUUGUGGUUUUUAGUAUUUGGUGUUACAUCUGUAUAUAUUUGCAAUUUUUUUUUUCUUGUAUUGGAUUAAAAUAUAUGCAAAAAAUAAA